GUAAUUAACCGUUACGCUUCCAAACAGCCAAGAAAAACACUGCCUAGCAGCUAGCAAGUCUACUUGAAGUCCCAGAAAAACAAACUCAAGAUAGGGAAAGGUUGCCCACUUUCAGUUUAUGUCUAGAAAGCGUCUGAACGUUUCUAGAACGGUCUGUCUAGUAACAGAACAGUAAUCUGGAGAUAUCUGACUCAGUUCGUGUGCCAGCAGGUUGUGCACCCCUUCAGUCAGGUCCUGGAUCUCGUACAGUCUAGCAGACAAUAAAUAAUUCACAAAUACAGCUGCUACUGCUAGACUGAAGUAUCAAUCUAAACAGAAAAGUUAGCUACACCCAUGCCUUACAAACAUAAUUACGUUAUGUCUAGCUUACGUGACAUUUAAUACGCACUGAUGAAGGAAAGUCCCAAGAAAAGCCGUAAAUUAAGUUAAUUAAUUAACCGGGUCUUGUGAGUUCUAUUUGAAACAGAAUAUUCCUAAUUAGAAGUCCGUACUUAUAAUUAUAGAAACCCAAACAACGUCUAGAGUACGUACUUGCACUGUGUAUGGUGUACUUGCUGUGUAUUGUGCCAAGACAACAACCAGCGUGCAUACCUGCGUGAACUAGAUUAGUGGUAACGCCUCUGAAGGAAACGAAACGAAAAACGGAACGAUGACGAGGAGGUACUGCGUCUCUAACUGUAUACACGCUUUGCAAACGUCAUACCGAUUCAUUCCUCUCUGAAUGCUCGAACACUUCAUGUCGCUGUUUCCCUCUCUGUUAUCUAGCAGCGUUUUGUUGCUCGUAUUGAUUGCGUGCCUGACCGAUGGAGACAGUAAUGUAGCUUCAGCUAUCCGCAAGAGGUCCAGCUCUCUAGUGCACACAGUUAGUAGUGAUGAUGAUAAAAGUACGACAAACAAUCACUUUUUUGAGGACAACGUCAGUGAGCCAAAUGAGUGGAAGACGUUCAGAAUGUGGUCUUGUAACUCUCCUACGUCGCUGAGUGCUUUUGCUGCCGCAUUCUAUGACAGCAGUGAAGUAGGCGGAAUGGGAAAUAUUUCCGGUAUGGUCUUGUUUGGUGGAAGACUUUUUGAAAACGGACAAGAUCCACUCUACGGAACUUGGUUAUACGAUCUGCGUGAAAAGGUAUGGCAGCAACUGAAAACGCGGAAGAAGCCCCAAAAUCGAAAAGGUCACGUAAUGCAAACCCUCUGCCACAAGACCAUCUUACUGAUGGGUGGAAGAGUUACCGACUUAAAAACAAACAGAAUUCGUCCAGUCACUGAUCUAUGGUCUAUCACUAACAAGCAAGGCACUUGGUCUUGGAAACAACUAAUGAGAGACUGCCAACAAGAUUCAUGCAAUAAGGACCGUCCAUUGCGUAUCAUCGACCAAACAGCAAGGGUCAUAGCCCAGCCACUAAGUCCUUGUUCUUGCAAAGAAUCGGUCAUACUCUUUCAAGAUGAACAAAGUUCGACCACAGUAUGGGAAUUGAGAUGUAUAAAAGAUGAAGAGACAUACGUGUGGCAUAAGUUUAGUAUGAAGUCUAUGAAUAAAAGUGAAUUUGAGUUGGUUAGUAAAUUGACCGCUUCAUCAGGACAAGACAGUGUGAUUUAUGCAGUUACUACUACUGGUGUAUGGCAAUACUAUCACAAACCUCAAUCUACACUCCAGACUUGGACUCGAGUGCAGCAGAUAGGCAACAGUAGUGGUCAAAACAGCGCUAACGGUUGGUAUCGGAUUAAAAGAUUAUUAGCACUAGCUGAUCAUUCACUACUGUCUGACAACAAUCAAGAACUAGUGCUCUUUGGUAGACAUCUUAAUCGUGUUCUUACCUUCAAUUUACUGUCUGGAAAGUGGAAGCUGGAGAAAGCCUUUGGGACACCACCAGUGAGGCAAUAUUAUGCAUUCAUGGUAUACUCUAUGAUUUUCAUCUAUGGUGGAACUGAUUCAGGUGGAUGUAGACAGCGAGUUUGGACUCUCCGGCGGUUGUCAAAUGAUUUCGUGUGGCUGUGGACACACAUGCCGCAGCAAGCGAUUGAACCACACAGUGUCAUUAUGUUGUCACCAGUUCUAUUGGGAAGUCACGUUUUUAUGCGGAGCUAUGAGUCCAUGCCAAAUUCCAAGAAAGAGAUGCAAUUAUGGGACUUAGACUUAAACUCAAUGCAAUGGUGGAUAAUCAAAGGCAACAACCAGCCUAAAUUGUACAUUGCUCGGAUGACACCAAGUGAAGAUACAUCUGCUAUUAUCGCCACAGGAAUAUCAUAUGAAUUUGAAACAUGGAUGUUCCUUCUGAACACACGCAAAUGGGUAAGAUUGAAUUCUCCAAAAGAAUUGAAAGAGAAACGAAGGGAUUUCUAUUCAUUUGUACAAGUUAGACAAACAGAGUUUCUGCUAUUUGGAGGUUAUGAUCAUUACCCACAUAGAAAAGUAGUAUCAAAUGAUGUAUGGAAAUAUACGUUGAACGUUUCAAAUCCUCAGUAUUCUCAGUGGCAACUGCUGCUCCCAAGUCGACACAGCUCAAACAGGGCAAGCAGCAAUAGUAGCUAUAUCACACCGUCCCCACGCACAUAUCACUCUGUGGCUGUCAUCAACUCCAGUAUGAUUGUAUUCGGAGGUCGAAGUGAGUCACGAGAAUGUCUCCACGAUUUGUGGUCCCUCAACAUUGACACACUGCAAUGGAGAUUGUUGACUGCUAAUGAUGACGGCCCGCAACCAACAAAACGAAACUUUUGCUAUUCGUCUGUUCUAGGUGUGGGACCACAAUUGCUGGUCACUACAGGCUGUAGCCAUUCAUCUAUCGAACGUCACCCUAAUGAUUGCAGUACAGGUAAUCUUCAGCAGACAUGGUUGUAUCUUCCACACCUUGCAAAAUGGUCGUUUGUGAGUUGGAUACGGGAUAUCAAUACUAGGCUUGGAUCUGCCAUGUUCAUGUAUAAAAAUUACGUUGUCCUGCCAGAUGUUGAAGGGCGUGCGAAAUUGCACUAUAUUUCCCCACAAUGUCCUCAUGGACUUGCCUCUUCAAACAUCAAACAGUUUCCAUGUCAACGUUGCCCCAUUGGAAAGUUCACCACAAUCACAAGGAACAAAUGUGAAAAAUGUCCACGUGGGCUUACCACACCAACGAAAGGAUCAUUCUCAAUUUUCAACUGUAGUGUGUGCAUACCAUCCGUCUGUAUCCAUGGAGAUUGUUUCGUCCAACAGAAAGAUGGCAGACCAUUUCCUGUAUGCAACUGCAUGGUUGGCUUCAUGGGCACCAAUUGCUCCUUGCCAACAUUUUACAUCAUCGCUGCCACUAUUCUACUGGUCGCUAUUCUCAUUGUCUGUGGUACUUGUGGCUUUUUGCAUUUCAAAAAACGCAAACAACAACGUGAAAGACAAUUAUGUCAUCAAGUAAAAGAAUUGACCAGCGCCUGGCAAGUAAACGUUUCUGAGUUGACCAUUCAUAAUAGAAUAGGAUCUGGAGGCUUUGGAGAAGUCUUCAUGGCAGACUAUCGAGAUCUGACAGUUGCGGUGAAAUUUCUGCGUACUCUAGCUGAUGAUAGUAUCAAUCGAGAAUUUGAAAGAGAAAUUAAAUUCAUGCAGACAAUCAGACAUCCCAACAUUGUCCUUUUUAUUGGUGCUGGAAAGCAAACCAGCAACGAGGCAUUACCCUUCCUUAUCACUGAAUACAUGCAGCGUGGUUCUCUACGUGGAAUUCUCGAUCAAGAAGAGAUACAUUUAGACCAUUUGCGGCGCAUUAAGUUUGCUGUCGAUGCUGCAUGUGGUAUGAACUUCUUGCACACACAGCAACCAACCAGGAUCCACCGUGAUCUAAAGAGUGAUAACUUGUUAGUCAGCAGCAACUGGGUAGUCAAAGUGGCUGACUUUGGGCUAGGACGCCAGUUGCCAAGUCCAUCCAAUCCAGAUACUGCAAGACGAUUGACCAGUGCUUCUGAAUCAUCGCCUCUGGUGGGCAACGAAUGGAAAAUGACAGCCAAAGGAAUAGGUGCUGCAAGAUGGCGGGCUCCUGAACUGAUGAAACAUUCUACCAAGUAUGGAACAGCUGUCGAUGUAUACAGUUUCGGCAUUGUGAUGUGGGAGGUGUGGUCCAGGAAACUGCCUUUCCUUCAAUACAGUUUCAGUUACCAAGUAGAAGAAGCGGUCAUGAAGGGAGAAAGACCAAAGAUACUGAAAAACACUCCUACAAUUUACGCUUCGCUAAUGAAGUCGUGCUGGGAGCAUGAUACCAUGUUGAGACCACCGUUCUCUCUCAUUCUUGAACGGCUGGAAUGGCUAUAUUCUCAUCACGUCAAGACAAAAUCACAAGCAACCAACAACCUGCAAAUAGAUAGCGGAAGAGACAUACUAUGUGUAGAUUAG